AUGGGUGGCAUUUCUCGAAUCAAGGCCCUCGAUUCUUCAGUCGUCAAUAAGAUAGCAGCAGGAGAGAUUAUAAUCUCUCCUGUAAAUGCGCUAAAGGAAAUGCUGGAAAACUCCAUUGAUGCUGGUGCUACAAAUAUUGAUAUAGUAGUUAAAUCUGGUGGCCUUAGAAUGCUUCAGAUUACGGAUAAUGGUUCAGGCAUAAUGAAAGAUGACCUUGCUAUACUGUGUGAACGAUUUACUACUUCAAAAUUGACAACAUUUGAUGAUUUGGCCAAAAUUCAAACAUAUGGUUUCAGAGGCGAAGCAUUAGCAAGUAUAUCGCAUAUUUCAAAAAUUACUGUUGUUACCAAGGUCAAUGAUGAUGUCUGUGCUUGGAAAGCUUCUUACGAAAACGGCAAAAUGGUGGACGGACCAAAACCGACUGCAGGUAAAAAUGGGACUGUGAUUCUUGUCCAAGAUUUGUUCUAUAAUGUUCCUUCUAGGUUACGUUCUAUGAGGUCAGAAAGCGAAGAAUAUUCCAAGAUACUGGAUGUUGUUAGUAGAUAUGCUAUCAAUACAAAUGGAGUCGGGUUUUCAUGUAAAAAGCAUGGAGAAGCACAAUUCACGUUAACGGUACGGUCUAAUGCAAGCUGUGUUGACCGAAUUAACGUUGUUUUUGGAAGUCAGGUUUCAAAUUCACUGCUAGAGAUUAAUUUGCCAGAUAUUGAAGCUUAUGGUGUGACAAAGGUUAGCGGUUACGUUUCCAACUUUAUUUACAAUAAUAAAAAAGGUAUUCCGGCCAUUUUCUUUAUUAACAAUAGGUUGGUAAGCUGUGAUCCCUUAAGAAGAUCCCUCUUGCAGUUAUACAGCAAUUAUCUUGCAAAGGGUAAUAAACCUUUCAUUUAUUUGUCCCUCAUGAUAGCAUCCGAAAAUGUUGAUGUGAACAUACAUCCAACGAAGCGAGAAGUGAGAUUUCUACACGAGGAUGAUAUAAUAGAGAGAAUUCAUAACGGUAUCCAAGAUCAACUAUCGAAGCUUGAUACUUCCAGGUCUUUCAAGGCGGGAAGUUUGUUGAGUGAUGCUCCAUCGCUGGCCGAAGUCACUACAAAGCCUUCUCCAAUGACGCCAGCUAUGGCAGUUAAGAGGAAAGAAAAUAGAUUAAUCAGGACUGAUUCCAGCCAGUAUAAAAUUACGAAUUUUCUUCGAAGUAGUCAGACUUCGACUAGCACUAUCUUUGCCACAACUGCUAGGGAUAAGACCCAGCGCAGUGAAUCUAAAUUCUCAGAUAAACGCAUAGAUGCAAGUUCAGGGGCUGAUAACAGGGACGAGGCUUCCAAAAAUCCAGCAGCUAAGGAUGAUAGCACUGUUAAAACGUUGCUGAAUAAUACUUAUAAUGUAGUAGAGAAUGAAAGAAUUGCAGUGAAUUUGAAAAGCAUCAAGUGUUUGAAGGAAGAUGUUGAUCGUGAUAUUCACGAAGAAUUGACGGGAAUUUUUGCAGAUAUGACGUAUGUUGGCCUAGUUGAUGAAACUAGAAGAUUAGCCUCUAUUCAGCAUGGACUGAAACUUUUUCUUGUGGAUUAUGGUUCGCUUUGUAAUGAAUUAUUUUAUCAAAUUGGCCUGACUGAAUUUGCGAACUUUGGUAAAAUAUACCUUCAUGAAAUUGAGGGUAACGAGGGAGUACCUCUGGUAAGCCUGCUAUCACAGAUAGACAGUUUAGAGGAGUCUAAGGCAACGGAAAUUACAAAACAACUUUGGAGCAUGAGAGAGAUGUUGGAUGAUUAUUUUUCUAUCGAACUAAUUGGAGACAAGUCAGAACUGGAAAACGUGCGAAUAUGUUGUAUACCAUUGCUUCUGAAGGAUUAUACACCGCCGUUGUCGAAAUUACCCCUCUUUUUAUAUAGAAUGGGAACAAAAGUUGACUGGAGCUCUGAAAAAGAAUGCUUGGAAGGUAUAUUAAAACAAUUAGCACUACUAUACGUGCCUGAAAUCAUUGAACAUGUAGAUACAGAUGAUGAAACAAUUGACGAAGAGACACGAAUUCAAUAUAUUUCUAGAAGUGAAUAUUUGAAAAAUGUUUUGGAAAACGUUGUUUUUCCAACCAUUAAGAAAAGGCUACUAGCGCCAAAGAAACUACUCAAAGAUGUAAUUGAGAUAGCCAAUUUACCUGGUCUAUACAGGGUCUUUGAAAGGUGUUAA